AUAGCAAACGUAGGCAAGAAGAGACCCUAAAUUUGUUUGAAAAAUGCACAUUUGCGACAAAUUUCUCUUCAUGAGAUUCCGGAUGUUUCAUGUUUUGACGUUUAAGUGUUCGUUAACUGAGAGUCACUCCAGUUAGCGAACCUCCAGUUAAAAAGCACUCCAGUUAAAACACAUCCAGUUAGCGGUCACCUACUGUAUAUAUUUUUACCAUAUGUAUGCUAUCAUCUGCAGUAGUGAGAUCUUUGAAUCAGAGUUAUGAGUGAGCUUUACAUUUUGAAAACUUCUCCAAAAUCUAACCCAUGGUGAAGAUCUGAUCAAGGGUUUAUUUGAAUUACGGAUACCACUUUUUACGGUGCAGUUCAUCUUCCUCUUCGUAAGUGGAAUGGAUGGUGCCGAAAUUCUAAUCACAAGGCAUUUAUUCGCUAUCACCUACCAUAAUAAUAAUUUGAAGAAUUUCAUUUUCGAGUGUUACAACUCCAUUUUUAACCAGCUUACGUUUAUGCAGCGCAUGCAGCAUAAAGAGAGACCACCGCCUAAGCUCGUUCGGCAUUUCGUUUGAUAGACCACGUUGAACGAUCUCACACCUACAAGCAAACACUCCGUUCUCUUCCCCAAACAGCACAGCUGUGUUAUGUUGUUAUUGCUCGCGAGAGGCUUGCGAAGCGCGGAUCCAUUUUAAUCUUGAUUUGAUAGCGCAGCAAGUAGUAUGUGGAACCGUGGUCGAAUUGUGAGCCUAAUGCGAACCGUGUCCAGUGGCAGCUGCAGCUGCCCAGCACAUUCGCGACCGGUCGCAAUCAGUCAGCAGACCUCAUGUUCCGCGGAAAAAGAUACCGCGUUCGAGAUGUCAUCCUCAACGAUACGGUACGGGCCAGGAGUGACCCGCGAGCUGGGCCAUGAUUUGCAAAACCUGGGCGCAAAGAGCGUCUGCGUGGUGAGCGACCGGAAUGUGCUACAGCUGCCCUCGGUAAAGGUGGGACUCGAUGCGAUCGUCCGUGCCGGCAUCGAGCCGGUACUGUUCGACGCGGUGCGGGUCGAGCCGACGAACGAAAGCCUGCAGACGGCGAUCGACUUUGCCCGGUCACACCGGUUCGAUGCGUUCGUAGCGAUCGGUGGCGGUUCCGCGAUCGAUACCUGCAAGGUAGCGAACCUGUACAGUGCCGACCGGGAGGCGGAAUUCCUCGACUACGUAAACGCCCCGAUCGGGCGGGCGAAGGAGGUAACGGUCCCGCUGAAGCCGCUGAUUGCCGUUCCAACGACGGCCGGAACCGGUUCGGAAACGACCGGUGUAGCAAUCUUCGACCACAAACCGCUGCACGCCAAGACGGGUAUUUCCAGCAAAGCAUUGCGGCCCAUCCUCGGCCUGGUCGAUCCGCUCCACACUCUGUCCCAGCCGGAAAAGGUGGCCGCCUACUGUGGGUUCGACGUGUUCUGUCACGCGCUGGAAAGUUUCACCGCCAUACCGUACACGGAGCGGGGUCCGGCACCGGCCAACCCGAAGCUACGGCCACCGUACCAGGGCAGCAAUCCGAUUUCGGACGUUUGGGCACGGUUCGCGCUGCAAACGAUUAGCCGGCACUUUCGGCGGGCGGUGUACGCGCCGGACGAUCUGGAGGCACGGUCGCAGAUGCAUCUCGCGUCGACGAUGGCGGGCGUCGGGUUUGGCAAUGCGGGUGUGCAUCUGUGCCACGGGCUGUCCUACCCGAUCGCGGGUCUGGUGAAGCAGUUCAUCCCGGACGGGUACACCGGGGGUCACCCGAUCAUUCCACACGGGCUGUCGGUUGUGAUGACGGCACCGGCAGUGUUUCGCUUUACGGGGGCUAGUUGCCCUGAAAGGCAUCUGGAGGCGGCCGGCAUCUUGGGAGCGGAUGUAGCGAAGAGCCACAGAAAGGAUGCCGGGGCCAUUCUGGCGGACACCGUGCGACGGUACAUGCACGACCUAAAGAUUGAAAAUGGCCUAUCGGCGCUCGGCUUCAAUUACUCCGACAUACCGGCACUGGUCAAAGGGACGCUGCCGCAGGAACGCAUCACAAAGCUAGCACCGCGCGCCCAGUCGGAGGAAGAUCUGGCCGGUCUGUUCGAACAGUCGCUCACCGUGUACUAGGAGAAGUCGGGAAUCUUCGCGCCGGGUGUCACGAGUUCAUAUUUCCUUGCUCCCCCCCUCCUACAUGAUUCACAUGCGUGCAGCCGUUUGAUGCAGGGUACCGUUUCACCUCGUUUCAAGACCCGUUUCAUGAAUGAUUUUUGCGGCACGCGUUUGCUUGCGUGCGGCGCACAGGGGGGGUGCUAAAAUGUUUACGUGAAAAAAAGUACUCACGCGUCAUACUUGUUGGAUCAGCAUUCACUUAGCGGGUAAUGAUGAUACGUACGAGCGCGCGCUCACACACAGCUAAUGAUCGCUCAUCAUCCCGUUUUUCAUUGCCUGCGGGCGGCUGUGUGUUUUGUUUACUUAAGGAUGCGGCCGAACGAACGGACCUGAGGUGGAGAAGAUUUACUCGCACGCUGGUUAAUUUUACCGAAUUUUACCCUCCCCACGCAGUAUGGUGAUCGCACAACAUCACCAUAUGUAUUUAACUCUCGGGCCAGGUAAGGCACGCAGGUACCGCCGUUGUCCGUCCGUGGCAUCGACAAGUUUCAGCAUUACUGAACCCGUUUUGAGACACAGGCACGGAAAAGGUUACAUUAGGACAGGCCGAAGAACGGUCUAAACAUCGAUUGCAUGCCAAACGGGUACAGCAGGGUGGUAGGUUAUCGGUACGGGGUACACAUAAGCAGCAGAACAGAACCUACUUACAAGCGUAUUGGAUUUUAUGGGCAAGACAAUGUAAGGGCGUCCAUUUUUCAGGCGAUCGCGCAAUAUCUUAGAAUAUCUAAAGGCAACAUUUUUACAAUUUUGUUUCCAUUCCAACGUCGAACGUGCUUCUUCGAUCGUGUAGCAGUGCUAGGAAGAACGAAUCUGUAUGGGACUAACUGGCGCUUUUCCCGUCAACAAAAUACUUUGCUCAACAAAGCACAGCUGUGUGACACCAUUAGGACACAUUUUGUUUAAUAAAUACCAAACCUUUCACAGGAACAGUCUAUAUAAUGGUCAGAA